ACUGACUGACCGCUCCACCAAUCAGCAUACGCCAUGGAGCAAGGUGGUUGGCUCUGAGUCAGUGAAAGCAAAGGAGGCGGGGUCUAUAUGUGACAGGCUAUCCCAGCAGCUGUAACUGGCAGCCAAACCGUAAACAUGUGUGGAAUCUUUGCUUAUCUCAACUACCAUGUGCCGAGGACUCGCCGUGAGAUCCUUGAGAUCCUCCUCAAAGGCCUUCACCGUCUGGAGUACAGAGGCUACGACUCCUCUGGUGUUGGAAUAGAUGGUGGCAAUGGCAAGGACUGGGAGACAAACGCUAAGUCCAUCCAACUGAUCAAGCAACGUGGAAAAGUGAAGGCUCUCGACGAGGAGAUCGACAAGCAACAGGAUAUCGACCUUGAUGUGGAGUUUGAUGUUCAUCUUGGCAUUGCUCACACCCGCUGGGCUACCCACGGCGUACCAAGCGCGGUAAACAGCCAUCCACAACGGUCCGACAAGAACAAUGAGUUCAUCGUCAUUCACAAUGGAAUCAUCACCAACUACAAAGACCUGAGGAAAUUCUUGGAGAGCAAAGACUACGAAUUUGAAUCAGAAACGGACACAGAGACCAUCGCCAAGCUGGUAAAGUAUAUGUUUGACAACCGGGAGAAUGAUGACAUCAGUUUUGCUACACUGGUGGAACAGACGACUCAGCUGCUGGAGGGAGCUUUUGCCCUGGUCUUCAAAAGUGUCCACUACCCUGGAGAGGCUGUUGGCACAAGGAGGGGGAGUCCCCUGCUGAUGGGAGUUAGGAGUGAUCACAAGCUGUCCUCGGAUCAUAUUCCUGUGCUGUACAGCUCUGCCACUAAAGACAAGAAGGGCUGCGGCGCCAUAGCCAGGCUGGACCAGGACACCUGCUUGUUCCCUGUGGAUGAGAAAGCUGUGGAGUACUACUUUGCCUCUGAUGCUAGCGCAGUGAUUGAGCACACAAAUCGGGUGAUCUUCCUGGAGGACGACGAUGUGGCUGCCGUGAGGGAAGGCCGGCUGUCCAUUCACAGGAUAAAGCGCACGGCGGGAGACUAUCCAGCUCGCGCCAUCCAAACCCUGCAGAUGGAGCUACAGCAGAUCAUGAAGGGUAACUUCAGCUCCUUCAUGCAGAAGGAGAUAUUUGAGCAGCCAGAAUCUGUGGUCAAUACAAUGAGGGGGAGAAUCAACUUCGAAAACAACACAGUGAUACUGGGUGGACUGAAGGACCACAUCAAAGAGAUCCAGAGGUGUCGGCGACUUAUCCUCAUUGCCUGUGGAACCAGCUACCAUGCAGGGGUGGCGACUCGCCAGGUGCUGGAGGAGCUAACGGAGCUGCCCGUCAUGGUGGAGCUCGCCAGUGACUUCCUGGACAGGAACACUCCCGUCUUCAGAGACGACGUCUGCUUCUUCAUCAGCCAAUCAGGCGAGACUGCUGACAGCCUCAUGGCCCUGCACUACUGCAAGGAGAGAGGAGCUCUGACUGUGGGCAUCACCAACACAGUGGGAAGCUCCAUCUCCAGGGAGACUGACUGUGGAGUCCACAUCAAUGCAGGGCCUGAGAUUGGAGUAGCCAGCACCAAGGCCUACACCAGCCAGUUUGUGGCCUUGAUCAUGUUUGCGCUCCUCAUGUGCGAUGACAGGAUUUCCGUGCAGCCCAGACGCCGAGAGAUAAUCCAGGGCCUGCGAGUGCUUCCAGAUUUGAUUAAAGAGGUCCUCAGUUUGGAUGAUGAGAUCCAGAAGUUGGCGACAGAGCUGUACCAACAGAAGAGUGUUCUGAUCAUGGGCAGAGGCUACCAUUAUGCCACCUGCCUGGAAGGAGCACUGAAAAUCAAGGAAAUUACGUACAUGCAUUCAGAAGGCAUCCUCGCCGGAGAGCUGAAACAUGGUCCCCUGGCCCUGGUGGAUAAACUCAUGCCAGUCAUCAUGAUCAUCAUGAGAGAUCACACCUACAUCAAAUGUCAGAACGCCCUGCAGCAAAUUGUUGCCCGCCAGGGCCGCCCCAUCGUAAUCUGUGACAAAGACGAUUUCGAGACUGCCAAGAACUCUAGCCGCACCAUCAAUGUGCCUCACUGUGUGGACUGCCUGCAGGGCGUCCUGAGCGUCAUCCCGCUCCAGCUGCUCUCCUUUCACCUGGCUGUCCUCCGAGGUUACGACGUUGACUGUCCAAGAAACCUGGCGAAGUCUGUGACCGUAGAGUGAAAGGCCCCAAUCAUCACAUGCCAGCAAAGGAUGUAACAUUUAAACAUUACAAAAUGUUCAGAUAGCGAUGGAGCGUCCGUAUGCAGAAACCCAAAAGAAAAACAUUGUCUAUGAAUCUUAUGUAAUGGCUCUUUGUAAUUCGACCUUUUCCUCAACAGUUGUGCACCUGACUGUUACAUAUUAUCUGAAUAUCACUUUAAAAUUUCCCAGAAAGCUUUGACAUCAUUGUCAUGUUAUUGUUAGAGAAGCAGUUUGCUCUGAGCUGGCACUGACAUGACUUCAUCAUGCUGCAGGUUUGUGAAGCUGAGAACUGAUAGUAAGGGAUGUUUCAUGGGCUGUCAGACUGGUGACUGGAUCUUCUUUUCUUCCUUUUUAGUGCAAUGAUUUGUAGCUUAGUUUGAAUAUUGUUUAUUUGGCAGCUAAUCAUUGGAAGUGUCUUUACUUAACCGUGAAUGUAAACAACAGUCUUUAAUCAUUCCAAGCCACAGGCCAUCGCUCCUUCGUGAUCUAGCGUGGUUUGCUAGUGUUGUCUCUGUGUCUAUCUUGUCCUUUUGUCACACAGCUUGCUUCGGGAGCAAAAGCUUGUUAAUAUUCACAGCUUGGAAAAUCGCUCCAUGUGGGUUGUAGAAGCUUAUUAGUGUUUUGUAUUUGAACUCUGGUCUUGGUGGGCUCAUUUAACGGGAAUAGGCCUUGUUUACUAAGAGUGGGAGAUGGUUUUGUUACUGUAGUUUCUGCUUUUACCAUUCUCUAUACAUCAUACUGCUACCUAAAAGCUAUCUGUGCACAUUUUGUGAUUCUUAUGCUGACCUUAUUGCUAAUUUCCAGAUCUCUUGUUUAACUUAAAUAAACUAAAAUGUCAAGAUGAAGUUACUAUUUAAGGUAAAAAGCUGCACGUAAUUCUCAACCCACACUUUGCCAGAACAAUUACUGCACUAAAAGGGACCAUUGAUAUUCUAUUCUUUGUUACAUUUCACUUUCUUUUUAUGUUAUUGAAGUUACUCUUGGAUUUAAGAUGUGAAUGUUACUGUAAUUUGAAAUUUACCAUCAAACCAAAAAUCUCUUCAAUGGCUUGGGCAGUUGUACCAAAACAUACAUUUUAUGUCCAUCUUGUGUUGAAUCCAGACAUGUACUGAUGUUGGUAGUGUGUGUGUGUGGUAUGAAGGCCUAAUGGGGGCAUAUACAGUUUCAUGGCAGUAUGUCUAUUACAACACUACUGCAAUUAUUAUACUUCAGAGGUGUGUUUUAGAUAGGUCAGACGCAGGCUCUGAGUGUGUGUGCGAGAUCCAAAUGUCUUUGUUUCGAAAUCAAAGGCAAGAAUUGGGAGAGAGUUGUUUUGUUAGCGUUACUUUAUUUUGAUUUUUGCAAAUAACCUUCCACCCCAAGCUUCUCCUGAAAAGGUUUUGAAAACUGGACGAUGUUAUAGGUAUUUUUGUAACUGAUACAUGCUUUCGGUAUAUUUGGAUUUCUUGACUGAAGGGAUAAAUAAACAAAGGACGCUGCACCGAA